AAGUCAUGGAGGGCAGUGGAAAAUCUAAAACGAAUUGUAUACUUCAGCUUGGUGUAUUGCUGAAUUUAGCCCUGACAAUACUGUCUGUGGGGUAUUUGACUUACAGAGUGCAUACUUUGGAUGAACGAAUCGUUCGAUGCGAGCAAAUCAAGAAAACAGAGUCAGACGCUGAUGUACAUAACAAUCGGUUGCCAAGAGCAGCGAACAAUGGCUCGAGAGAUCCAACGAGUGCUUGUACCAAAUGCAGAGAUAUCUGUACGCAAAUCUUCUCGUCUGGAUCAUCCAAGAAGUUAAAAUCGUCAAAAGGAACAAGUAAACAAGUUUGUGUCCGAGGUCCACCCGGAGCACCGGGUCCACAAGGCCCGAAGGGUCCCAGCGGACAUAGAGGAAGACGUGGUAGACGAGGGUUUCGUGGAUCUCCUGGAAUCCAAGGUCCGCCUGGAUUACCAGGUCCGCAGGGACCGAGGGGAGUGCCAGGAAGAACGCCCUCUGGAAAAGCUUCAUCGAUUAUCUAUUCCCUUGCUCUUCCAAAAAUAACCAAAAGACCUCCAUCUGUUCUUGUCACCAAAGAAGGCGAUAAUGUGGUCAUUCCGUCCAAAGCCUCUGGUUUUCCACUUCCUAAAAUGUCGUGGUACAAAGACAACAAGAAAGUAGACGAGCGAUUCUAUGCCACUGGUGCUCUACGAAUAAGCAAUGUAAAGUUCAAAGAUCAUGGGGUUUACUUAUUGAAAGCAAAGAAUUUCAUUGGUCAAGCAACGGCAAAAAUGAAACUUGUUGUAAACGUUGCUCCACGAUUCGUGGUCCAGCCUCCAGUUUACGUAGCAGGUUACGAAGACUGGAAUACAACCAUCACAUGCAAUAUAUUUGGGUUUCCUCCUCCGCGGAUCGAGUGGACACGCCCACAGAAUGUCAUGCCUAAAGGACGCCAUGUAAAAACUGGUAACCGCCUUACCAUCAUGAAUACAAAGAGAGAGGAUAAGGGACCCUACAUGUGCAAAGGAAUCAAUGACCAAGGAAAUGAACUUGCUAUAGUAGUGCUCAAUGUUUAUUCUGUCAUUGCUCCUGUCAUUGUGCAAUCAUCGCCUAAUAACGUCACCGUAAAUAAAAUCAUGAGCCGCGUCAAAUUGAACUGUUCGGCUACUGGAUCACCGCUGCCAACGAUCGAGUGGAGCAAAGAUGGCCAACCUUUAUCUGUAAACACUACAGUUCACCAAACCAAUAAAGAAACUAUAGGCAAUUUGGUCAUUGAUCCGUUCAUGCCUCAAGACCAAGGACGAUACAAAUGCUUUUUCAGAAACUACGAGAAUGGAACGGCCGAAACUACAAUACAAGUCUCCUUAAAGAGCUGUGGUGAUCCUGGAAGACCCUUAAAUGGCCAUCGCACUGGUAAUGUGUUUUGGGCUGGAAAUAUGGUAGUUUAUACUUGUGAUCCCGGUUAUUACUUGGUGGGACCAUCCAACCGACUUUGUCUGGAAAAUGGUGCGUGGAGCAACUCCAUUCCAUCAUGUCUCCGUCUUUGUCCUGAGAUGGUUUCUCCUGCGAACGGAUACAUGGUAGGUGAUUUCCUGGGCAAUAGCACUUUAACUUUCAAGUGCAGUCGCGGUUACUGGCUCCGUGAAAAUCAUCAACUGCUAUGUGAUCCUAAAACAGGAAACUGGACAAAUUGGAAUGGAACUAUUAUCAUUGAAAACCCCCAGUGUAAAAACGUUGACGAGUGUUCCACGGGCGCUAAUACUUGCAACGUUAAUGCACAAUGUACCGACACAGUUGGAUCAUAUACAUGCCAGUGUAACCAAGGCUUUGAAGGAGAUGGACGGACAUGCUCAAUGACUCAGGUAUACUACCGAGACUCGCAAGGUUGGACUCUUAUUGCUCGAUUCUCAAAUAACGAUACUAAGAACUGGAUGAGAGACGAUGCUUCCUGGUGGUACACUCUUACAACUCCACAAGGAGACGUUACGAACCCAGGUGUGAACCAAGACAUGAUCUCUGCAGCCUUCUGGUUAAUGAAUGGUAACAACAUCAAGAUCACUCGCUCUGAUGAUCCUCACCACACGGCAUUACUACAGACGACAUCAAACUGUUUUUCCACUCAAACCUUCCGUUCAAUGAUCUCAAGCUAUGGCAUGUUUACGUAUCGUACGUCAUGGGCAAGCAAUCAGUGUCGUGGUAAGUGUAAAGUGUCAUACGGGGGAAACUAUCAGUCGACACAUGGCUUUUCUCGGAGUCAUUGUAGUAGUGACCUACAGAGUAGCAAUUACAUCGGGUUCUGGUGUGAUUGGAAAAGUGGUGAUGGUGCAGUGAUGAUGAUUGGUGGAGGAGGCGAUGGCUGUGGAAGGGCCGAUCAUGGUAUCGCAAUUACAGAGGAAGAAGAGGCAGCAUUCAUGGAGUAUAGCAAUCAAGGUGAAUGUGAUUUCGGCAAUGAAGCUAACAAGGGUGAUUUUUGCACUUCGACUUACUCUCUUAAUUUGUGGAUUAAGUGAAAACUCGACUUCCUAAACGACAGUGAAAAGUUUACUUAUGGAGCUGUAUGCCAUAGUCUAAUUUCAUACUGCGACAAUUUUUGAUUAUAGAAAAUGAACCUCAUCUAGAAUUAAAGAUCACAGCAAAAUUUAUCAAAGCCAAUUCAAUAAAUAUCAAGACAUUUUGAGACAUUUUGAGCAAGCUUGAAAAUAAUAGAUUAUAAAGGGAUAUUUCAAUAGAAUGA